AUGCCAUUUUCCCCUUCUUUUUUCUGUUCACAGUCAAAAACCCUAAGUAUAACCAAUGUUGAUACAGCAAAUGAUGUAAUUCUGAUGGCCCUGCAGCAGCUGGGAAUUAACGGCUCUGAAAAAGACUACAAGCUGUGGGUGAUUUCAGGAAGAGAAGAUGCUCCUUACCCUCUUAUUGGACACGAAUAUCCCUUUGGAAUUAAAAUGAGCCACAUCCGUGACGCUAUGCCCCAUGGAUCAAAGCACUGUGCCUGCCCCAGGCAGCUUCAGGGGUCCUUCCUGACGGAGCAGCUGCCCCAGGAGCUGCAGUGCCAGUUUGUGCUGAAGCCAAGCCGCCUGGCUGAGUGCCCGCAGCUGAACGACUUAAGCCAAAAGUCAUUUAAAAGGAAAAGAUCGAUCAUAAAUUGGGCUUUUUGGCGUGGCCCAGGCACUCACUUGGAUAAUGCACCCCUGUCCUCCACAUCUGCUGCUCCUGGGAAGCUCUUUGGCCUCUUGCUAACAGCCAUCUGUGAGGAUGACAACCUGCCCAAACCCCUCUUGGACAUGCUUUCCCUCCUUUACCAAGAGGGCCCUUCCACCGAGGGUAUUUUCAGACGCUCUGGAAGUGCAAAAACCUGCAAAGAGCUCAAGGAGAAGCUUGAUUCAGGUGCUGAAGUGGACCUAGCCUGCGAAUCCAUAUUUGUGACAGCAUCUUUGUUCAAGGAUUUUCUUCGCAACAUCCCAGGCAGCAUUUUGUCAUCCCAGCUCUGUGAUAAGUGGGUCUCUGUGAUGGAUCAAGGAAAUAAUGAAGAGAAGAUAAAAAGCAUCCAAAGGUUAAUAGAGCAGCUCCCCAGAGCUAAUGUUGUCCUCUUACGUUACAUCUUUGGAGUACUGCAUGGUAUAGAAAUGCGAUCUGAAGAGAACCAGAUGAAUGCAUUUAAUCUGGCUAUCUGCAUUGCACCUAGCCUGCUCUGGCCUCCUGUUUCCUCCACUCCGGAUAUAGAAAGUGAAUUUACAAAAAAGAUUUCUAGUCUGGUACAGUUCCUCACUGAGAAUUGCUGCAGGAUUUUUGGAGACGAAAUUACCUCCCUCUUUGGAGAAAUACUGAUGACGUGCAAGAGAGAGAAUGGCUCAGAUGCUGCCUCCCUCCAUCUGAACGACUCUUCCUACGACAGCCUGGAAAACGAGGUGAACGAUGAAGCUGACUCCUCUUCCAGCGACUGGAUUAAGAACCGAGAUCAGGAUAACAGGAGCAGGGAGUCUGUCUUCACCCUGAGCGACGGUGAUUCGGAGCAGACGGAGGUGGAUGAAAUCCCAAGUAAAACCAAAUCGAAACAGUUGACGAUUUCUGUUGAUGUUCACUGUAAGUUUUCAUCACAAGAAAACUCGGAGAACAAGUCUCUCUGCUCCAGUGCACUGGGCUUCUCUUCAGCAGCUACCUCAGGCGUUCUCAAGAGCUUGAGGAGACACAGGCGCUCCUCAGAGCCGGCAAUCGGCCUCCUCACCCCCAGCUUUGCCCGCGCUGGCGACGGUCAUGAGAAGGCAACGCGCAAAACCAGCUGUGACGUUGUCCUGUCCCAUGAAGAUGAAGACUAUCUCCGUCAGCUUCGGUCACUGCAGAUGGAGGGGCAAAAGCUUAUCAAUCAGAGCUUGAUUAUAGGGAUUAAUGUUGGUAAAAGUGACAAUGCAAAUCAAAACGUUGAAAAGAAAGACUUAUCCCAUUGCCUCCUGCCUCCGAUGCCAGAGGGAUUAAAUAUUUGCUCAGGAUUUAGCUCUUCUAGCCUGUCUUCUCCUGCAACGUCUCCAUCUGUGUCAUCCAUGAGCUCUCUGGACAGUGCUUUCUCUCAGUUUUCAGACCAAUCUGUGUUUACCCCAACUGAAACCUCCUCCCCUUUCGAUAGCACUUUUCAGUCGCUAAAGAAACACGAAGACGCUGACGCUGAAGUGGCUGAUGACUUUUUGGUGACACCCACCAAAGUGCCACCAUCUCCACAACCUUCCGACGCCGUGGCUGAGGGGGCCUUGGUGGAGCCCAACAGCAGGCCAGCGGCCCUGGAACCUACUGACGGAGUCGGCGGCUGUUUGGUUAAGCCUAACAUUCAGCCGUUACCUCUGAAAGUCACAGGAAGAGACAGACUGCAUGAUCCAGAUCAAAGAGGAGGUCUAGAAGAGGGCUACAGCAAUCCAGAGUUUGAAGAGACUGACCAAAGCGUUUUGUGGAGGAAUCUUAACGCUUAA